CUCGUGUUAACAAAAAAUCCGCUGCUUUAGUAAGGAACAGAUAACCAGAUAACACGCCUGAUAGUGUAUGUAGUGAGACAAACUUAACAUUAACCCCCUCACGUGGAAAGAAACAUCAGUUAGUUAUAUCAGGAAAGGAUACAACCCAAAGUGGACGAAAAUAUGGACGAUGAACAAAAGUGGUGGGCAGUUACCUCGACAAGACGACGAUGGGUUCAUUUGGCGUUCAACCUGUUGGUACAGCUGCUGGUGGGGUUGCCCCUGGAGAUCGUACAUAGGUCGUCGCGUUUCGGCACCUUGUACCUGGCGGGGGUCCUGGCAGGGUCAUUCGGCACCUCAGUCUUCGACGCUGACGUGUACCUGGUGGGGGCGUCGGGCGGGGUGUAUGUGCUCCUCGCCGCCCACUUAGCCAAUGUCUUAAUUAAUUACAACAGUAUGCAGUUUGGCUCUUUAAGACUCAUUGGCUUCUUCUUUGGGGGUAAGUUGACCUCUGACCCGGGUCCUGGAGUUACUGUUCGUAACCUUGUACUUUCACUAAUGGUUACAUGUAAUACACUUGGCUUAGACGUUCUCAAGAACUUCGAGCAGCGCCUUCACGAGCAGCUACUGUGGUGGGUGGCGCUCGGAGUGUACGCGGCGUGUACACUCUUCGCUGUUUGGUUUAACCUCUUCCACCCUACCCAUACGUAA